GUUCCCGCCAUGUCGAUAUUACAAAAAUCUGCGAGGGAAUGAUUUUAUUCAGGACGAAGCCUUGUGUGCCCUGGACGAUGGAAAAUCUCCCCGUUCGGUAAUAUGCCGAUAUUUUCUACGUCCUGCCAGCGUCUUGUGGGAUUCCACUUUACUGCAAGCGCUAUCGCUAUGAGGAGGCAUCGUCUACACCUCCUUCUACAUCCUGGUGACAACACUGCAUGGAAUACUAGAGCACGUCUACGGCUUCUCCCCCGGGCUCAGCGGCGCGUCUUUUGGCUCUCUCGGCAUCGGUUCGACUGUUGGCAUCGUACUGUCCAACAUUGCGCUGGACCGCAUUCAUACGAGGCUACGCGAGACAACCGACGCAUACCCAGAAAGUCGACUGAUACCGGCGGUCAUUGCCGCUAUUAUGAUCCCCCUCUCGUUGACCCUCUACGGCUUCGCAGCAGAGCUCAAAUGGCCAGUGGCACUGCUGCUUUCCGCCGCAGCGAGCCUGGGCUGCUUCUUUUCCCUCACCCUCGCGUCCCUCACCACCUACACGACCGAUUCGUUCGGCCUGUACUCCGCAUCAGCCAUGACUAGCAUCCUCACCACGCGUUGUGUCUUGGGCACUUUUCUCCCUUUGCCCAUCGCUCCCCUCAUACGACGG